CGCUCGCGAGAGGCCAGUCUCGUCACAGUCGUCGUUGCAGUAGCAAGUGAAGGUGUUCCUUUUUUUUGGUUUUUUUCGUUUCUUUUGAUAUCGUUGUUUCGCGCGUUUUCCUUUCGCUCGCGUCUUUAGCAAGCGAGGAAGAUUCGCAAGUGGUAUGGGUGACGAGUCGUACGGUGGCAUAUCCUGUGACAGUUCUGCCGUGACACGUGAAUACGCGUGUAUCGCGUCUCUGUAAGGCACCUGUUCCGCCUGUUUUACAUCGCCAAAUCGAGCGACGGAUGUUAACCUAAUCAGUCGGCAGUUACUACGUGGACAGAUAUUCAAUUUGCAAAGGUCUGGUGAGACGCACGGAAAAAUGGAAAAGAACAUUGGCUUGAGUGCUCCAGCCUCGGCUCCUCUACCAACGGCUCCACCAUCUUACGAGGAAGCUAUAGCUAAUACAGGAGCACCUUUACAUCCUCCAAUUGGUUCCACACCAUAUCCCCUGGGAACUGCGCCAAUACCAAUGCCAAUGCCAUAUAAUCAACCGCCAAAUCAAACGACGAUGCCAAUGCCUUCCCAUGUAUACCCAGGUUCGAGUCACUCUCAGCCUCCUUUUAAUGCCGAGCCAAAUUCUGUACCGCAGUCGGAAGUACGAGUUGUUCAUCAUGUAACGUACGCUCUAGGACCGCAUUCUGUAAAAAUGUCCUGUCCAUCAUGUCAUACCGAUAUCAAAACUACUACGAUAUCGGAUCAUCAGCCCAGUGCUCACAUUUGCUGCAUUGUGCUCUGCUUACUCGGAUGUUGUCUCUGUUCAUGCUUGCCAUAUUGUAUGAGCGCUUUCAUGAGUGUUCAUCAUUUUUGUCCAAACUGCAAAAAUUAUAUUGGUACGUGGAAAGGUUGAUUACAAGAUUACAGGCGUGUAUACAUAUGCUCCAGUUUUCUGCGUAUUAGAAUGUUAUACAGUUCCAUAAAGAGCUACUCGAUAUUCUUCGCUUAUUAUACAUUAAGAAUAACAAAAAAGAAGGAUUGCUGAUAAUGUAAGUUAUGUUGUUAUAUUAUAAUAUACAAUUCUUCUUACUUUAAAAUCAUUGCAUUGCAAGUCAUUGCAUGCAAAAAAAAUGAUAAUUUAUCAAAGCCAGAUUUGAUUGAUGCAGCGUGUCAAUUGUAGAUACAGACAAGAGUGAAUUAUGGAUGAAAGUGAUUUUGAAUCAUAAUCAACUUCUAUAAAAUAUGAUGCAAUGAUUUUGAAUCAUAAAUUUCUAUAAAAUAUUAGACUGUUAAUAUAUAUAAAAGUACGUGAUACAAAAUAAAGUGAUACAAAGUAAAUGCAUUAAAAAAAGAGAAUAUUA